GGUUUAUUCAUGUUCCCGUGCGCGGGCAGGGGCUCAGAAGCUAGCCGAUAGCUAGCUACCAAUUUACACCAAAAUGCAUAUCUUGUCGCUAACCGGGAGGAUUCCCUAGGAGCCAAAUAAAUGAAUACAUGAAACGGUGCGUUUAGGGGGCGAUUUGGGAAAUCGCGGGAGGAUUUUGGACCAUUUGAAUGACCCGCAAAUCCAAAUUUUCUCGGCCCCUGAAGCCACAGCGCUCGAACAAGAGAGCAUCCGAGCUCCGUUUGCGGAUGUGAAGAAGGGACCUGGCGUUAUUUGGGGGAGUAGCUAACCUAACCACCACAGACUGGCAUUCAUCGGGGACACUGUUUUCCAAACACUCCAGACUCCACUUGAAGGCCGAGAAUAAAGUUAAAGUAGGGGAAGUCUGAUAUCCACGCAGCUGUUCUCCUCUGUGCGUCUGUUCCCGCCAUUACAUCCUCCCCUACUGCCUCUUCACCAAGCACCCUCGCUAGUUCUUCACUGCUGCUUGCUGCAAUGGAUUGGGCCACACCAGCUGCCAAACUGAACCCCUACACCAGAGCCCGCAUGACAGAGGCCUGGCAGCAGCAUGCGGUCGCUCCGCCUCAAGUCGUCCACACCAUCCCUCCAGGAGCUGAGAACGCGUUGGGCUGUGCUGUGUAUGGCAUUGUACUUCAGCCAGAUGCUACGUCUUUGCAGCAGCAGCAACAGAGUCAGCAUGGACAGCACAGCCAACACAGCCAGCAGCACAGCGGGGGUCAGCAGCAUGGAGGCGGGCAGCACAGUCAGCAGCAGCACCCCGCCCAGGCCCAGCAGACCUCCCUACAGGUAGGGACAGAGGGAGGGCACAAGUGUGGGGCCUGUGGACACGAUAUCUCCCACCUGGCCAACCCACAUGAGCACCAGUGCAUGGUGAGUCAGGACAGGUCAUUCCAGUGCACACAGUGCAUGAAGAUUUUUCACCAGGCGACAGACUUGCUCGAACACCAGUGUGUUCAGGUGGAGCAGAAACCGUUUGUGUGUGGGGUGUGUAAGAUGGGCUUCUCUCUACUCACUUCUUUAGCCCAGCACCACACGUCCCAUAACAGCACCAACCCAAUGAAGUGUUCAAUAUGUGAGAAGACCUACCGACCCGGUUCUUCUGGCAACGUCACACCCAACUCAAAUAAUCCCCAGCAGUCUGGCAGUGAUGGGGCGUCAGCCAGCAGCAGCUCAUCCAUUCUACCCUUUCCCUCGGCCCGAGACCGGCCGUACAAAUGCUCUGUUUGCCAGAAGGGCUUCAAACACCUGUCAGAACUCACACGGCAUGAGAGGGUGCACACAGGAGAGAAGCCCUUCAAAUGUGACACAUGUGACAAGGCCUUCAGCCAGUCGUCACACCUGCAGCACCACCAGCGAACACACAGCAGUGAACGCCCAUUCAAGUGUGCCGUUUGUGAAAAGAGUUUCAAGCACCGCUCCCACCUCGUGCGCCACAUGUAUGUGCACUCCGGCGAGCACUUGUUCAAAUGCAACUUAUGUGAGCUGCACUUCAAAGAGUCGUCAGAGCUCCUUCACCACCCCUGCCACCCGCAGGGCUCUCGGCCGUUCCGCUGUGCCACAUGUGGUAAGGGUUUCAAGCGGCCAUCUGACCUGCGCCAACACGAGCGCACGCACUCAGAGGAGCGUCCCUUCCACUGUGACGAGUGUCAGAUGAGUUUCAAGCAGCAAUAUGCACUGGUGCGCCAUCGACGCACACACAAAGACCCUACUGACCGGCCAUUCAAAUGCAAUCUGUGCGACAAGGGCUUCAUGCAGCCCUCUCACCUCCUCUACCACCAGCACGUCCACGGCAUGGACAACCUGUUCAAGUGCGCCUCAUGCCAGAAGGAGUUCAGCCAGUCAGGAGAGCUGCUCCGACACAAGUGUGGCGAGUCGUCAAACACCUCGCCCGACAAGCCGUACAAGUGCGACGUGUGUGGCAAGGGCUACAAGAAGAGUUCCACGUUACAGCGUCAUCAAAACUCUCACUGCCAAGAGAAGCCCCUCAAGUGCUCGCUCUGUGACCGCCGCUUCCUGUCCUCUUCGGAAUUUGUCCAGCAUCGCUGCGACCCGUCGCGGGAAAAACCGCUGAAGUGUCCUGACUGUGAAAAACGUUUCAAAUACUCUUCAGACCUGAACCGGCACCGCCGCGUGCACACAGGGGAGAAACCGUACAAAUGUGGCCACUGCAACAAGGGCUUCAAACAGCGCGAGCACCUCACCAAACACGCGAGCACGCACUCCAGAGAGGGCCAGUUCAAGUGUGUUUGGUGCGGCGAGCGUUUCAGUGACUUGGGCUCUUUGCAGGAUCACACGGUGCAGCACACAGCCGAUGGAGGGGGUUACCCUGUGCCCCAGUGCAUAUAAAUCCCUGGAAACUUUUUCCCUCAAACAGACUCCGGUCCUCUUGUCUAUCCCUUGUAGGCUGUUUAUUCAGCCUAACUAUCACCGCAUCUGCAGGACAGACCAGGCUGUUAUUAAUGCACUCAUUCACUUCAGUGAUACAUCAGGUUUUCAUUGCUUUACUAACCUGCCCAAAGCCCUCAUUCCAUAAAAUCCUGAGGAGGCCUUUUUUUUCUCCAUGUGCGUUCCUUUUUGUUCCACCUCUUUUUCUUCUUUUACCACUCCCCUUUUUCUCAGUUCAAAUAGUUGAUAGCAGUGAAGAGGCCACAACCACUUAACUGCCAUCAUUUAUACUUGGACUGAAACAGGUACCAUAGUACAGGCUGAUUCAGCAAAUACUUAGAUCCUCCUAAAAAAAAAAAAAAGAGAAAAUAAGUCCUUGUCUUAUAAGAGACAUAAAUUGUUUGGUAUAGUGUAAGGUGUGCUGAAUUAGUUAAUAUAGGCCUAUAAACCUAAACUGACCGGGCCACAAAUAUUUUCUUUGCCGCUAGAGUAUCCACUAAAGGGGGAUCAUUCCCUUGUUUUUUGCUUUCUCCCUCUCUUUCUCCGACUACAUCUCUUCCCCCCGCUCUUCAGUUUCUCCCUCAUUUUUUCCCCCCUCAUUUGUGCUUUUCUUUUGCAUCCUCUUUCGGUCUCAGCCUGUGACUUCAGACGCUUUUCACCUCCACACAGUAAUAGUGUAUCCAUCUGUUUUGGUCCCGACCCAGCUCCUUGUUCCCACGUCCCUCUGAGUUUUAGUACUUUACCUAUUAUUUAUGAAGUAGUACCAGAAAGCUCCUCAAUGUAUGUGAAGGAAAAUGGGGUGAAGGGUGGAGUUUGGGGAUUUAUAGUCCUAUAGUGAAAUUAUUCAGAUGAGAAAAUGUGAGCGUAUGUGUGGCCCAUAGUUUAUGGCUACCUCCCGUUUGUACCAAAACACCAGUAUGAAGCAGCACCCGAUCCCAAAGGUGUGUAGACUAACCAACCAGCUGAAGUUAACCAAUAAAACCCCCAAUGAUCGAUACCAGUCUCUCUUGUCAGUAUAGACAUAUAUAGAAAUAUAUAUUUCACACCUAAUGUACUUCAUAUUCCUGCAGAGGUUUAUGCUGUUAGACUUAUGUGUCCUGGAAAUGUCCACGUUUUGAACAUUACACUUCCUCUCAGCCUGUACAUACUGUGGAUGUGUGGAAAUGUCAGAACUUGUCUUUCUUAAAAACAAUAUGUAAGAACUGUUUUUGUAUUCUUGCUACUUUUUACCAUGUGAAAUGUUUUGACAAAGGCUCUUUUGUUGUUUUUGUAGUCCAUGUAGUGAUUGUAUCUGUAUGUUGCAGGGAAUCUCUGAGCACCCUGUGUGUGUGUGUGUGUGUGAGUGUGUGUGUGAGUCUGAGUGUGUGAAUGUAAACAGUAUUCUGUCAAACAGGGAAAUUCAGACUGUAGAGAAUCGUAUUAUAAAUGUUUCAACAGACCUGCGCCUUUUUUUAAUUUACUAACCUUACUGGUCUGUCAGAGCUGUUUUUGCAGGAUGAACCUGCACUUUGUGUUACAUAUUUUCCAUGUUUUGAAAGAAAUAUUAAUACUGUUUGUUCUGUUACAAGUUGCAUUAAGGUUAACAUUGUGUCUCAGAGUGAAUGACACCUUCCUCCUCUGUGAAUGCUAUGGGAUUGUAGUUGCGCUUGAGAAGCCUGGAAUGCAGGUUGGUUUUACAUGUCAGCUGUGAUCGCCAUUGUUCCUUUUCCUGAUCAUCUGGGGAGCUGUUCCCUCUCCCCUCUCCUCCCCCCUCUCCCCCUCUGUCACUGUUGAUUCAUGGUUUGAGUGCAGUAUUGAAAAGUGUUGAAUACAAACGGAGGAGGCCAAGGAAGUACCUUUUUUGUUUUGUUUUUUUAAUUCUGGCUUGCAGUUCUUUUCUUUUUUUAGCCUUAAAGUGGCCAUAGUACCUCUCUGCUCCUUCCUCCUGUUCUGCUUUCUGUCUGUCUCCUUCAUCAGCCAUCAUGUUUCCUUUUUUAUUUUCUGAAUCUGGCAUUAUAAGACUUUGAGAACAACUUGGACUUAAAGUAAGGAAGUACUGUAUGUUUUUAUUUUCACAUUUGUUUUUAUUAAUUUUUAUGCGUAUUCUUUAAAUUGAUAUGAAUAUCUAUAUUCCUCGGAGAGACCAGGGCCUUGGGGUAGGUUUGUUGUUUUUAACUAUGUAGAAUUGUUUCUAAGGCCAAAUCACAGAAGAAACAAUUUCUACACAAAGAAUUCUGUAGGGUGGUGGUGUGAAAGUUGAGUAAUUACAACAAAAACUGUGUCAGGAAUCAAUGAAGGUGGGUUCAUAUUUGCCAAGACCUACAAGUGCUCAAGAAUGUUCAAAUUGUUAAUUGGUGCUGAUACAUCAUCAGAUGUGCAUAAUAAAAAAAUAGUUACUCCAGGUGCAGACCCAAGGACCUCACAUACUGUGUUGACAGUAGACUUAACAUGUAAUAAUAAUAAUACAAGUGUCUGUUCAAAGCCUAAUAAUUCCAGCCCUGCAGCACUGGUUUAGUUGUUUGUAUUAGUGAGGGCGACUGUGUGGUCGUGCAUUUGUCCUGUGUGUUAUAGAGUACUGUUGAGGUGUGUGAAACAUUAACGGACCAAUCUGCAGUGAGGAAUACUGCAAAGUGAAAGGGAGAGCCGCACUGAUCAGUCUGAUAUCUACGCAGUCAGGGAAAGGAGAGGAAACUCUCCUGUAUAAGCACAAAUGAAAUAAAUCCACCCUGCUGCAUUUUAACUGAUGGUUCUAAUGGAAAAAUUUGGUUCAGGCACCAGUUCACCCAGCCACCAUCCUCCUUCCUUUUCAGUUCCAGUAAAUAAACCCGUCAGACCCUGGUGUCUCUUGCUCUCUGCAUGCUUGCUGUGUUAGUUCCUGUGUUCUGUCCCUGGGAACUGGUGCCCCCUUCCUCCUCCCCCUCUUCCUCUCCUCACAGCACUGUUCCCUCCUAUAGCUUUUUUCAAAUUGUACUGUAGUUUAUGUGAAUGAUGUUGAAAAAAAAAAAAGAAAAGAAAAAAACUUUUGUGGCGACGUACAUGUACAUUCAUGCUAAGAUUAUCUGUAUGUAUGUAGCAUUCAAUUACACACAGCACUAACAAAUAAAACUUUUUUCAUUUAUAAAGUUACACGAGUCAACUGAGAUACAACAUUCGUCUGAUUUUGGAGAGAUGUUCUUGACUG